AUGCGCUCUGAAGAUGGGUUCAGUGGAAUCCCAGCCAUCUCGGAGACAGAUUCAUGGACCGUAGAAGAAGCGGAGAUCGGCUUUCGAAUGCAGUCAUCCGCUUUAAUCUUUUUCACUUUCGAAUUUUGAUCCCAAUUCAGGUUCUUCGGACAGAAAGAAUGCUGACUUUAAGCCGCGCGAUCAUCCUCUUUUCCUCAGCCUCCGGCACUUGUCAUUGUCGUUGCUUUCAGGAGUUGUAUGUUCAAGUUCCCGUCGUUGGAGCCCCAGUUCCGGCGGUUCUUCCACUGGUACGGGGGGUUCGUCCACAACUACCGGGUCACCUUGUUCGUGUUUCCUUUGUUGAUCACCUUCUUCUUGUCCUUCGGCUUCCUUUGGGUUGGCGAGCUCAGUGAAGAUGACCCCGCAUAUGUUUUUACGCCGAAGAAUGCACGGUAAAGCCUCAUUUUAUAUUUUACAUAAAAAACGUUAGCGAUUCUUAAGGGUUAUUAACGGCUUCUGAUUCAGUAAAGUUCUUAUGUUUCAGAUGGAAACGAGAGUCUCAGCUGUUCUCGUCCUUGUGGCCAUUACAAGAAAACAAGUUUCUGCCAGGGAAAUCAUUCGAAGCCAAGCGUUUCGUCAACGUUCUAGUACGAGCGAAAGACGGCCAAAACGUUCUCCGGCCGACGAUAUUAGACGAAAUACAACUCCUCAACACUUUGAUCAUGUCUAAUGUCACUGUGCCUACGGAAGACGGGAAGUUCACGUUAACAUACCAAGACCUGUGUCUGAGUUAUGACUGGACAUGUGGAGCUAACGAACACAUUGAGAUGUUCAGACAAAUGAGUAAAGUCGGUCGAGUUAUUGAUCUCAAGUACCCAAAAGGAGGUAACAAGGUAAGCCGAUGUCUCACAUUUUUAAUUUUUUUGGUAUUUUUUAUCUGUUAGAUAAGAUAUAAUGUAUUUUUGUUACUUUUUCGGUCACUGUUGUUACUGUUUUCAGGAUACACCCGCUUAUCUCGGAACCGCCAUCGGAGAUAUUACAUUGAACAAGACGGAUAACACGGUACAGGAAGCAAAAAUCACGCAGCUCUUCUACUUCCUGAAGCAAGACCCCCCAUCGGUCGAUAAGUACUCGACUGCGUUUGAAUAUGCGGUCGAAAAGUUCCUGCUACACGAGUUCAAGUCUCAUCUGAUAGACAUCAGCUUUGCCCAUUACCAUUCGCUUCAAGAUGGCAUCAACGAAAACGCCGAACGCUUCGUCCCCAACUUUGUGGUCAGCUUCACAUCUUUGGCCAUCUUCUGCUUUGCGUGUUCGUUGACAUUGAAGAAGAACAGGUGGAGCAUUGACACCGUUCACAGUAAGCCUUGGUUAGCCUGUUGUGGACUGAUAAACACGCUGAUUUCAUUGAUAUCGUCGUUCGGGUUGAUGAUGUUGAUAGGGAUCCCAUAUAACGUAGUCAACACUAUCAUUCCGUUUCUGAUUAUCGCCAUUGGAAUCGACGACAUGUUCAUCAUGAACGCGUGCUGGGACCAGAUCGACAAGAGUCUACCUGUGCAUGAAAGGAUGCAACAGAUGAUGAUGAACGCUGGAGUAGCUGUCAGUAUCACCAACAUCACCGACAUCUUGUCCUUCUUCAUCGGAUGCUCUUCUGAACUUCCAGGCGUUCAAGUAGGUAUUAUGAAGUUUGUGUUUCGAACUGAUAAUUAAAUGUAUUUCAUCACAAGGUUUUUAAUUUUUUUACUUCAGGUUUUCUGCCAAUACGCGUUUACUUCCGUGGUGUUCUGUUACCUGUACCAACUGACCUUCUUUGCCGGCUUCCAAGCCAUCUUGGGUGAAGCCGAGAAAGCCAACCGAAAUUGUUUCAUCUUUACAAAGGUGAAUCCAGUAGGUAAACCUAAGAAGACAAACACAGUCUACGCCAAUGAAACAAUUAAAAAUUCGUCAGAGCUACAGAAGUCAACCGAGAGUGCCAGUGGCUACGUCCAAUCAAUCUAUAUUGAGGACCAGAAGAAGAAAGACCAGUCUCAAAAACGACAUACGGCUUCUGAUAACGUGACUCACAGAUUCUUCUCAACCAAAUACGGUCCCUUCUUGUUGAACGAUGGGGUCAGAGCAGUUGUAGUACUGAUGUACGUGUUCUACAUUGUCAUUGCCUUGUUAGGCUGUAUCAAUUUCAAAGAAGGUUUGGAGCCCAAGAACUUGGUCACAGAUACCCAUUACAUCGCCAACUACUUCAACGACCUCAAGUUGUUCUGGAAGAUUGGCCCCCAAAUUCAAGUUGCCGUCCUGAACCCACCAAACCUGACGGAUUCUAUUGAACGGUAAGAACAACAACUAGCUUUAUCUAUUUAGGAAUAUACAUUUAACAAUCCAAUAAAAAACUCAAUUACUGUGGAUUUAGAGAGAAACUGAUGGCUAUGGUACGAUCCUUCGAAGACACGGAAUACACGUUGGGCCGUGAAGGCACGGUGUUCUUCUUCCUGGAGUACCUCAACUACCUGGAUCAGCUGAACGCAGAAUUAGAAAACACGGACAGAAUCUGGAAUCAGAAGUUACGAUCGUGGCUGAAGUACACUGGAGGCAGUAACCAAUGGGAUACAGACAUCGUAUUCAACAAGACCACCAACGAGAUAAUUGCGUUCCGCUUCCAAGUAAGUAGACAAGAGAUAAAUGGUUAUUAUUGGAUAAUUAAAAGUACUUUUCAAUUAAGACUGACCUUUUUUAAAUAAUUAUUAUAUUACAGUUGGCCAUGAAGGACAUCGUGGAGCCAAAUCAACACAAACUGGCGGCCAAAUCCUUGCGUGAGAUAGCUGACAAACAACCCUUCCACGUCGAGAUAUAUCAGGAAACAUUCCCCUUCGCCGACCAGUACUUGAUCAUCUUGCCCUCCACCUACUUCAACGUGGGCAUCUCGUUGUUGUGCAUGACUUUGAUCGCCUUCUUGUUGAUCCCAUCGAUUACUUCGGGUGAGCCCUAACAUAUCUUCAGAUCAACUUCUUUUCGAAUAGUUUGUAUUUUGAGUAAUUGUGUUGUUUACAGCGAUCCUUAUUGUCCUCUCCAUCAUCUCGAUAAGUGCUGGUGUGUUUGGGUACAUGACUUUUUGGGGAGUACAUCUGGAUGCUGUCUCCAUGAUCUCCAUCAUCAUGAGCAUCGGGUUUGCUGUCGAUCUCUCGGCACACAUCGUCUAUGCAUUUGUUACUGCUCACGGUGAUGUACACGAACGAGUAAUUGGAGCAUUGGAACACCUGGGAUGGCCCAUCUUCCAAGUAGGUCCUAACAUAUUUAUAUAAUACAAACCUGUAGAUGGAUGGUUAAAAGCUAAAGCAUGGUACCUUAUUAAUAAAUUUUACUUCAGGGUGCAACAUCAACCAUCGCUGGAAUCUCGAUAUUGUACACGGUGAAUGCUUACAUCAUUCUGACCUUCUUCAAGACCAUCUGGUUGACUAUGGUAUUGGGAGUGAUACACGGUCUCAUAUUCAUCCCUGUUAUGAUAAGCUUCCUACCUUUAGGGUUCUUUCAGAUAGAGGUCGAAGAAGACAAAAUAACCAAAAAACCUAUUGAAGAUUGUAAAUAA